AUGCGUGCACCUGAUGGAAGUCCUAGAACCCAGAGAGAUCCACUCACGAAAAUACCAACAAUCAGGGAUCAAUAUGGAGUAUACCAGCCAAGUAAUACAACAGUGAGAGAAAUAACACGUAGGUGGGUUAGUGCAGCUGGGACAUAUACGAAGACAUUCCCUGCACUUGUUACAGAAACUAUUAUUAAAGAAGCAAAGGGUCAUUUUCAGUGUCAAUCUGUAGAUGGUGUUGAUUUGGAAAACGAAGGCCCUCCUGGUUCGUUUGGCUCACAUUUUGAAGGCAGAGUAUAUUCGAAUGAGCUGAUGGCUGCUGCCUCCGAACUGGAAGCCUUUGCAUCAAAAUUAACGCUUGCAUUUUUCGUGGAUUCAGGAGGAGAAAGUAUUAAACCCUACUGUGAUAAACCAAAUACCGUUACAUGCAGGGAUCUAUAUACAUAUGGUCUUUGUGGUGUGACAGAGUUCCCACUACCUCUACCACCUGCAGAUCAAUUUUUCGGUCCUGAAGCAGGUGCGAAUUAUGCCCGACUGGGAGGAAAUGAUCCGUUUAAAGAUAAAUGUCCAACAUUGGGGUACACGUGCAAAAGCGGUGGCGAUAUUGAUAUCGACUUCAGUGGACAAACUGUUACAUGCGCCAGAGGUGAAAGAGACAAAACUGCUAAAUUUGAUUUGGACGGUAAAAAUUAUGAAGUGAAUAUAAGAUGUCCUGAUGCAAAUGUAUUAUGCAAUGUGAGUAUGUGUUUCGAAAUCAAUCUACUCGGUAUUUCUGCACUUUGUUUAUUUGUCAAAAUUGAAAUAUUUUUGCUUCAAAUUCACAUUCAACCUUUGAGUGAAUUUUCGGAUGGUAGAGGAACCUGA